UUCCGGUUCAACGCUUGUUGCCUGAGCUCCUGAACGAAGCUCGAGAGGAGGGAGUCCUGCUCACACUGCACCGUUUCUAGCAAACAUGUCCGGAAGAGAAGGAGGUAAGAAGAAACCCCUCAAGGCUCCCAAGAAACAAGCAAAGGAGAUGGAUGAUGAUGAAGUAGCCUUCAAACAGAAACAGAAGGAGGAUCAAAAAGCCAUGGAUGCAUUGAAAGCUAAAGCAGCAGGGAAAGGACCUUUAGGGACUGGUGGAAUCAAAAAGUCUGGAAAGAAAUGAAUUGUAAUAUGUGUUGACUUGCUGUACAUGUUUUGGAACUGCUUUAAUGAACUGCCAUUCUGUCUAGUGUGGGUUCACAGAAAAUAGCAUUUUUAUUUACUUUACAAUCCUUUUGUAAGGAAACCGUAUCAAAUAAAGUUUUGUAACUUACUGCUGUAUUUACAUUUUGUAUGCAUAAUAGAUGGAAUAUAUACAUACACUCUGCUCACUACAUAUCAAAAGGUAUUUAGGAAGAAAAAAAACUUUAGCACACAACAUUAAAGAUACAUUUUAUUGUAAAUUGUUUUAAUCCAUGCUUAGCCCAUGUUCAGAAGCUGGUUUCCUUCCUUCAGGCUUUUUCCAUCUUUUCUAUUUGCCACGCUUGCCUAAAACAAGAUGAUACUUUAAUGCAAAAGAGAGGUACAGACAAUUGACAGUUCUAUGUUUUGUGAUUAUUGUGUGUAUAAUGUUCAGUUCCUUGUUCUUUACUUUGUUGGAAAAAGUCUACCAUAAUGGUGAAAAUGUACAAAAUAAAGUGCUCUGCUACUAAGUAUGA